AUGGCAAACAAAAUUACUUGUUUUCUUGGUUACAUAGCUGUACUUAACUUACUAUUUGCAAGAUCUUGUGCUCAAGCAACAGCAACUGCACCUUCAUGCACAGAUGUUAUAUCGAACACGGCCCCUUGCUUACCCUAUAUCUCGCGCACCUCCCCUGCGCCAUCAGAUGUUUGCUGCGCGGGGAUUAAGAAUGUGGCUGCCAUGGCUAGCACCCAUGCUAACCAGGUUGAUAUUUGCACUUGCUUGAAGUCUAAUAUAGCUGGUUUUAGUUAUGAUCCUACCCUUAUUGCUGCUCUGCCUAAGAAAUGUUCUGUCAACAUCAAUCUCCUUCCAAUCUCUGCUAGCACGGACUGCUCCAAGAUUAGUUUGGGGAAUUGA